AUGGCGCGCCUCGAUCCAGAGAACUCUGAGCAGCGCCCUAUAUAUCGGCCUCAUACGACGAUUGAUUGGCGUCGCGAGAUAUGCCGCCUCAUAGAUGUUUCUCCGAAUACCCCUGAUGGCGAGCUUUUAGUCGCCAUGGGGUCUGCAUCAGACACCCUAAGAGAGGCCGAGAGACUGCGAUACAGGGUUUUGCAACAGCAGGGCCCGCCAAAAUGCGAGAUUGUUAACAGGAUAUUGUGUCAUGAUACAAAUGCGGAGAACCUCUAUCUGGAUGAGCCCUGGGUUGUAGAGAGCGGACGAUACAAUGCUCAUCUCAGAGGGAGUCACGCGAUUCCUCACCUCGAGCUACAUCUAGAGCGAAACAAGGAAAUCACGUUCAUCGUUUACCGUAACUUCGAAUGCUGCGGAGUCGCCUCUCCCAAGGACUUCAACCAUCACGAUCAUGACGGCCUGAAGCCUUCAGAUGAUUCGAGGUUCAUGGUGGAUUACGGCACAUACAACCAGAUGCAUCCCGACAGAAAGCACACUUUUAAUAGUGACAUUGGACCUGAGAUCAAGCUUGAUGACAGUUGGGAGCCUGAUGAUACUUUCUUCAUGUGUCUUCCCACUCAAAUACCGGGAUUCAACAUGCAAAAGAAGGAGUGGGUGAAUUUGGACGUUGAAUUCAUUAACGAUGUUAAAUGGAACGAUCAGGCAUUUGAGCACCUAGUCAUUGAUAUGGAAACCAAAGAGUUGGUUAAGGCAGUAGUCACCACGCAAUUGAGAGCGGAAGAGAACACCGAUCUCAUUCAUGGAAAGGGAAAUGGCCUUUUCAUCCUACUUCACGGUGGUCCAGGAACUGGGAAAACUUUGACCGCUGAAAGCGUUGCUGAAAUUGCCAAGAAGCCCUUGUACAGAGUUACGUGUGGAGACAUCGGAACAAAAGCGGAAGACGUAGAGAAGUACUUAGACACCGUCCUCCUUCUUGGAAAGACUUGGGGAUGCGUUGUUCUUUUGGACGAAGCGGAUGUGUUCUUGGAGGAGCGAACACUCAGAAAUCUCGAAAGAAAUGCCCUCGCCAUGCAAGAUGUCAAGCCCGACGUCUUCCUAUUCAUAGCCUUCUUUUCUGACCGUGAUGAAACAGUUUUCCUGCGCGUUUUAGAAUAUUACGAUGGUAUUCUGAUUCUGACGAGCAAUCGCGUGGGAACCUUUGACGAAGCAUUCAAAUCUCGCAUCCAGCUAAACCUGAGAUACAAUAAUCUGAGCGAGCAACAACGGCUUCAAAUUUGGACGAACUUCAUCGACCGCAUUGAGAAGCUCAAUGAUGACAGAAGUACGGCUACUAAUCACCUCGAAAUAAGCAGCAGCAUUCACCAAGACAUUGGAAUUGACUCGGAAGAAAUUCGCAAGCACCUCCCUGAGCUUGCGACAGCGAAUCUGAAUGGCAGAGAAAUUCGUAACGCCAUCUCCACGGCACGACAGUUAGCUGUGUAUCGCGGCAUGCGUCUUGGGUAUGAGCACAUAGCUUCUGUGAUUAGAGAGGCAGGCAAGUUUGACGCUUAUUUGAAAGAACUGAGACAAGGUUAUACGGCCGAUGAUAUUCGCAGGGGUAAGGGGGAGCGAUAA